CUGGGAGCGCCACGGGCACCUCGUCACAGAUGCUGGCGCGGUUUGGACGGCGCCGCUGUGGACGGGCGAAGGAAAACACUGUGAGAGUGAAAGCACUGGACCAGGACUAAGUCAGAGUCUUUACAUAUGCAAGAUUUAUAUUCUGAAGAGAGCAACAUAAGGAAGCAAACAGCAUGUUGAAUCAAUUCUUUGGAGAAAAUGGCAGCAAAAGUGUACCAAUUUCAGAGGCAACAGUGGUGAAGGUUCAGAAAUAAGAAACUCUGAAGAAGAUCAAGUUCCCUAUCCACCUCUUCUACCCAGCAAAGUAGAUCUCCAGCAGGUGACCAUAAUUCCACAUGAUGAAUGGAAAAGGAUUCAAGAUAGCUUGGACAGUUUGACAAGGGAAGCAGCAUGCCUUCGUGCAGAAAGAAAGGCAAAGAAAGAAAUGCAUUUUCAAUCCCAAGAGGUGGUGAAACAUUGGACUAAUACAUAUGCAGGAAUGAAAGAACAGAAACUUGAAGCCAAAAAGAAGCGUGAUGAAGAAAUAGAGGCAGAAAGACAAGUUCUUGAUGUGGAAGAAGAAAUAUAUAAACAAGGAGAAAGAAAAAAGGCCAUUGAAAAUGCAAAGCAAUAUCAAUUCUACCAGACAGAAAGAGUGAAAAACUUUCAUUCGGGACUUCUUCUUAGUAGAGUUAUGAAAGAACGUGAUGCUCAGAUUGAAUUCCAAAAGAGUAAGUUAAAAUCAGAUAAAAAAUGGGAGGAACAAUUGAAACUCAAUAUUGAAAAAGCUUUCAAAGAAGAACAAGAAAAAGCAGAAAAACGACACAGAGAAAGAGUGGCUCUUGCCAAAGAUCAUCUAAAACAAAUAAAGGAACAUGAAGAAGAAGAAGAAAGAAGGAAAAAACAAGAAGAAAAAGAUGCUGAGGAAAUAAAGCGACAGAAUUCACUAUAUGAAAUAGAAAUGAGAAAAAAACUAGAAAAGAAAAAGGAAGAGAUACAUGAAAGCAGGAGACUGUUUUUUGAACAUAUGCAUGAUAAAAAUAUCAUCAAAGCUGUAGAACAGCAGCAGCAAGAGGAGGAAAAUGAAAAGAUUAAAAAAUUUAUUAAAGCAAAAAAGCGUCUUAUACAAAUGGGGAAAGAAAAAGAAGCUGAAACACACAGGCUAAUGGAGGAACGGAGAGAAAGAAUAAAUAACUUCCUGAGUGAACUAAUGAAAGAGAAACUUGACAAUGAAGAUUUGAUUAUUGCUAGAGAUAUUGCAGAAGCUGAGGCUGAAUGGGAAAAAAGAGAAGGAGAAAAAUAUGAAAAAAACAAAGCAGAAUUAAAAGCGAUUGCAGAAUAUAGAGCCAUUGUGAGGAAAAAUAAAGAGGAAGAAGAAAGACAAAGAAAAAUAGAGGCUAAAGAGCAAUUGCUGGCUGUCAUGAAAGCAGAUCAGAUUUUCUGGGAACAUGAAAAGGAGAAAAAACGCAAAGCUGAUAAAGAACGCCGAGAAGUUCAAGAUUUCCAUAUUCAGCAAAUGGCCAAAAAUAAGGUUAAAGCAAAGGAAGCAAAACAAGUAGAAUUAGCUUAUUGCAGACUUACUGAAGCUCUCGCAGUUGAAAAGGAGAAAGAAUUUCAGGAUUACGCCAGAGAAGUAAUUGAACUUGAGUCCGAAACAAAUAAAUAUAUUUAUCCUCUUGUAAAAGCUGUACAGGAAGGACCUGGAGGUGGCCGUGGACCAGUUUUUGUGGACAGAGGUGGAUUGAGACCCAGCAAUCAGGCAAAUGACAUUACUGGAGUCCAGCUCCCUUUUUAUAACUCUCAGGGAUCAAAGUAUAGUUUUCAAAAGUCCAAGGGAAGGCUAGGUUUUACAUGGUAGAAAAAUUUAUUUUUGAUUGACAAGACUAAGUUGUAGCUAACAUGAACUACAAAUGUAAAUGGAUUAUAUACUUAAAAUUUCUGUUAAUAAAGUUGUUCUUCAUUUAA